UCCCAGACACCGUCUCCGAGCACUUCCAAGCCUCGUCUUUUCUCCGCAUUGACCACUCCACCGACCAUGCUGUUCGGCAUUUUCUUUUUCUUCCUGCUCUCGGCCUUCGUAGCUGCUGCAGAAGAUGCCUGUUCUUCGACUGAAGUCGUCAAGUUCGCAAAGCUUUAUGGUAACGAGCACUUGCGUCCGUGCCAGAAGGUUUCGGCCGGGUUUUCCAUCGCACCGCCAAAAGGUUAUCCGACAGACCCACAGGUCAAGGCCAUGUGUGCUUCUUAUGAAUGCCGUGCGCUGAUCGAAGACGUCCUCGCACUGAAACCUUCGGAUUGCUACUUGUCUUUCGCCGGCGUCAAGCUGAAUGCGUACAAGAUAAUGUGUGCCUUCAAAGACGCUUGCAAUGGUGAGAAGGACAAGGAUCACGAAGACGACAAGCACCACUCAACCGCGAAGCCGACUACGCACUACCCAACGUCCAAGCCCGCAGAUGAGAAGUACUACCUAACACCAAAGCCAACGGAGGACAAACACUACUCGACUUCAAAGCCGACCGACGGAAAGUACGACCCGACACGCAAGCCCACCGACGAGAAGUACUCGAAGACGCCGAAGCCCACGGAUGACAAGCACUACCCCGCGCCAAAGCCCACGGGUGACAAGGACCACCAUGGACUGGACGAGCCGAUGAUCGUCAAGACCGACCAUGACGAUAAACACUACCCGAUUCACUGUGCUGACAACGAGAAGGCGAAUGAGGCGGAUGGUCUGAAGCCUCCGAUGAACGGCACGGCUCUUGAACUCUUUCCGAUGCCCAACACGACCUACAAGGCCACUCCAUCGCCCAAGCCGUAA